AUAGGUAGUGAACCCCGGGGGUUGAGUGCAAACUAUAAAAUAGAAAUGAAGAGUUCUAUAUUGCUCUUGAUAAGUGCUUUUGCAUUGAUUAAUGCAAAUAAUCCUAUAUGGACACCAGAAAGAUGCCCAACCAAUGAAAAUCCAAAUAAUCCUACUCAUUUUGCGCAUGAGGUAGAUUGUUGUUUGUUCUACAAGUGCAACUUAGGUUGGGCACACUUGAUGUCAUGCCCGAUCAAUCAACAUUUCGCAACAACGCUGCAGCGAUGUGAGUUUCCGGGAAUAGCCAAAUGUAAUUUGCCAGUAUCAUCAUGUACGGGUGGCUCAGCUACAACAACCACCACCAUACCAACCCCAGCACCAACCCCAGCACCAACGCCAGCACCAACCCCAGCACCAACGCCAGCACCAACCCCAGCACCAACCCCAGCACCAACACCAGCACCAACACCAGCACCAACACCAGCACCAACACCAGCACCAGAGGCCCCUACUCCAAGUCCAACGAUACCAGAGGCCCCUACUCCAAGUCCAACGGUACCAGAGGCCCCUACUCCAAGUCCAACGGUACCAGAGACCACUACCUCAAUUCCAGCAAUCCCGUCUACGGUUACUCCAGAAAUCACAACAGCAGCACCUGUAACGACCCUUGCUCCAGAAAUUACUACCGUACCAACUGCACCAACUGAGAUCACAACGGUCACUCCUGAUGUUUCAAUUCCAGUGGCACCAACGCCAUCACCAACAAUUCCUACGGCUCCAACUCCUGGCUCCACUGUAACUGUUGAAGUUACAACUGUAACAGUUCCUGGUGUACCUACGGCGGAAACUGUUGGACCACCAACUGCUGAAACUUUAAUUGCAUCCGUAACAGAAAGUAUAAGUUCUGCCCACAUAUAAUAGACGGUGGUGUUGCUAUUUAAUUCCCCAUAUUUAUUCCAAUGCAAGCUGAAAUAUUUGACUGGUUGCUAAUUUUGAUAAAGAAAACAAGCAAUCAAGAGUGAAACAAUC